AUGAUAGAGCCGGAAGAGGACAGUGAUGCUAAAGAGCCGGAAGAGGACAGUGAUGCUAAAGAGCCGGAAGAGGACAGUGAUGCUAAAGAGCCGGAAGAGGACAGUGAUGCUAAAGAGCCGGAAGAGGACAGUGAUGUAGCUGAAGGCGCAGAAGUAGCUUCCGCAGACGUUACAGGCGCAGAAGUAGCUUCCGCAGACGUUACAGGCGCAGAAGUAGCUUCCGCAGACGUUACAGGCGCAGAAGUAGCUUCCGCAGACGUUACAGGCGCAAAUAUAGCUUCCGCAGACGUUCUUGGCGAAGACGUUCUUGGCGCAGACGCAGGCGACACGGGAAGUAAGCCAGGAACUGACUAA